GACAGACGCAGACAGACAGACUGACUGACUGACUCUGACGGUCAGACCGACUCACCUUUCUGAGAAAUCGACUGGUGCCCCACAGAGAGACUGAAGGAGGGCGGGGGGUGGGGUGGGGGGGGGGAUGAGUUCGUCGGAUUUUGUUUCAGUCGCUUUAAACCCUCGCCCUCUUUGAGAGAGCCGGAGAUCAGCUCAGCCCAGACUGCUCCUGUUACACAUCUCUCGCAGAGAGACUUGCUGCUAUAAGAUAAAAGACAAGACGUAUAAGAUAAAAUGACGAGCCUGCUUCACUUUCACGUUUAACAACGAAUAAAAGGACUUUGUUGGAAUACAGACCUGCAAGAAAUGCACACGAUAUAAUGUACAGAGUUUGGAAGGAAAUCACAUUCCCGUGUAUUGACUGCAAAGACAACUGCUACUGUACGAGAAAUGAGUGUGGGACGCAAAAGAACAAAACUGGUUGGGAUUUUGAUGAUGGUAAACAUAUUCAUUUAUAUCGUUGUCGAAAUCUCCAGGAGUGGCCACCAGAAUAAAAACUCUGGUAAAAAGGUGAUCUUACCUAAAGGCCCAUUUUGGAAGACUGAGGUUUCUGUCAAGGCUUAUUGGAAUCGUGAACAGCACAAGCUGGAUGAUCUGUACAACCCUGUUAUAGCUGCUCUGCGCAAUGCAUCUAUGACGGAGAGUUUGAACGCUUCAACCAUGCACACCUGUGAACCUAACUAUCAAUUGAAGAACGAGAUUCGUGAUUUUGAUACUUUGCCUGACCGUUUCAAAGACUUUCUAUCGUACUUGAGAUGUAGAAAUUACCCACUGAUGAUAGACCAACCAACCAAAUGUCAGAAUAAACCUACACUGCUGCUAGCAAUAAAAUCACUGGAAUCGCACUUUGAUAGAAGGCAAGCCAUACGUCAAUCAUGGGGAAAAGAAACUACCAUAGGCAAUCAGACUAUUGUCAGGGUCUUUUUACUGGGAAAGGCUUCUGCAUCGGAUGACUUCCCCAACCUUUCAAACAUGUUGCAGUUUGAGAGCAGCCAGCACAAAGAUAUUCUUCUCUGGGACUAUAGGGACACGUUCUUUAACCUAACCCUGAAAGAGAUAUUUUUUCUCAAGUGGGUAAGUAAAUCUUGCCCUGACGUUCAUUAUAUUUUUAAAGGAGAUGAUGAUGUUUUUGUAAACACGGUGUAUAUGGUGGAUUACUUAGAGACACUAGAUAAGGAGAAAGCCAAAGAUUUAUUUGUUGGUGAUGUGAUUACAAAUGCCGGACCUCAUCGAGAGAAGAAACUGAAGUAUUAUGUUCCCGAGAAUGUAUUUGAAGGAAUGUAUCCUCCAUAUGCAGGUGGUGGUGGGUUUCUGUACUCUGGAUACUUGGCAAAGAGACUUUAUAAUGCAACCCAUCAAGUAACACUAUAUCCAAUUGAUGAUGUGUAUACUGGAAUGUGCCUUAGAAAACUUGGUUUGGCUCCGGAAAAGCAUAAGGGUUUCAGGACUUUUGACAUAAUGCAAAAAGAUAGGCAAAAUAUCUGUGCUUAUAGAAACUUAAUACUAGUCCACAGCAGGAAUCCUCAAGAAAUGAUCAGAAUCUGGAAUAAGCUGCAAGCUCCUGGGUUGAAGUGUUAAUGCAAAACAGUAUGCGAAAAAAGUGAAUGAUUGAUGAAUUUGAGGCAUUUCAUUGGAUAUGGGAAGUCCAGUAUACAGUAUUUUGCACACUUAAAGGAUACUAUGAUGAUGAUGAAGAAAACUGACCUGAUCUGCAUAGGAUGAAUGUGCAAAUCUACCAUAUUGUGAUCAGUAAUGUGCUUGAAAUCAGAAAUGAUGAAAUCAGAAUGAUGAAUUAGUCCAAAGGAAUCUUGGUUUUUCCAAGAAACUGUUUCAAAGAGAUGGUGUCUGUGUUUGUUCUGUUGGCCUGCUGUAACCUUACACUUUUUUUUGUUACCGAAAAUACGAAGUGGCUGAAUUGACUUAAUCGUGUGCACCCUGAAUUUCUUUUUGAUGUGCUAUCAUAAGAGAUGGGCAGUAUUUUUCUUUUGUCGGGGACAGGCAGAUAUACAGGUUUGGAAUGGUCAUUCAUCAUGUGGUGAGAUCCUGAUUGCAGUCGUGGCACAGUGUGCGGAUGGCCAGACACCAGUCCACAAGAAGAGGAUAGAGAUUAAGCUGCAAGACCUAUAAUGCUCAAUAGUUUUAUUGGGAUUGUAUCCCCUCGGGAUUUGUUUUCUAUUGGAAGCUGGGAUAGCUAAAGCAGCCUUUCAAUGGCGAGCAAAGCUCUUAAUAGGAAGUAGCAUUGAAUCCCAGCUCAAUCAGUGGCCUAUAGCUGGGCCCAUUGAAAGGAGCCAUAUGUCUGCUGAGGAUACCAGUGGAAGGAGGAGAUCAACAAAUGAUGCCAGGCUAUAUAUUGGGAGUAUGCUGUGUGUGUAUUCUUCUUUUCCCCUUCUCCCCCCACAAUCAAAGAUUUUUUUUUAAAAAAAAAAUUCCAACAUUUAUGUCCAAGGUUGUUACAAACUGAUUUUAAACAGUGCCUGACCAUUACAAAAGUGGGAAAUGUGUUAAUUCAGUAUGUAAUAGAGUAGGCUAAGAAAUCAUUGAAUAAUUGGAUUGUGUGACUGUUGUCUCUUUAAAACAUUUUUUUUAAAAAUGUGCACAGGUAAUUUUACUGUACCUCAUCAAUGGCAGUGUUUCAUGUCUUCAAAGAAGAAUGUAAAUCGAUUUUGUUCAAUAAAUCUGAUUACUGAAUGGAAAGUUGAUGCCCUUUACGUUUUAGUGGUGGAGUAAAUAAAUUCAAAGGUUGUCUCAUUCUGGAUUGCUACCAGAUUAUUUGCAAUCUAUUGAAGGUUGCUGGAUAGUCUCUAAAAUGUGUAAGCAUGUAUGCUUCCUGUGUUUUUAUGUGAAAAAGUGCCUGCUGUUUUAUUUAUUCAGAUCAAAAAAAAAUUGUUUUUAAAAUGCAAACUACAUACAAUCAAUAUGUACUGUUCUGUCUGUACAAAGUGUGACUUGUCCUAAAUAAACUUGGUUAAUAUAAUCCUU